GAGAGGGCGCUCGAGGCUGCUUGAACUGGAGCAAGCUAAGGAGGCGGGGAGGCGGUGUCCGCACUCGCUCGCCUGCUCUCUCUUUUCCCGGCGCCGCUUUGGGUUCGCUGCUGUGCUUCCUUUUCGCCCACUGCUUAUUUGCGCGCUGCGGAGCGGUCGUCUAUCCGCCCAAUCCAGGCUCAUUUCGGGAGUAGUACGUGCCAGCGGACACCGAGGGGAGAGCGACUCGGCGCCACACCUGUGGAGCCGGCGGCCGUCGGGGGUGCCGGCCGAACUCCCGCCGCGUGCGUGCUUCGGCCAACAGUCCGCCCGGGCCCCGGGGGAGGUGCGCCCCCCGGCUGGGCGCCGCAGACACCAUGGGGCUCCCAGCGCUGGAGUUCAGCGACUGCUGCCUCGACAGCCCUCACUUCCGAGAGACGCUCAAGUCGCAUGAAGCGGAGCUGGACAAGACCAACAAAUUCAUCAAGGAGCUCAUCAAGGACGGAAAGUCUCUCAUCAGCGCGCUCAAGAAUUUGUCUUCAGCAAAGCGGAAAUUUGCAGACUCUUUAAAUGAAUUUAAAUUUCAGUGCAUUGGAGAUGCAGAAACGGAUGACGAAAUGUGUAUAGCAAGGUCUUUGCAAGAGUUUGCCACCGUGCUCAGGAAUCUUGAAGAUGAACGGAUACGGAUGAUUGAGAAUGCCAGUGAGGUGCUUAUCACCCCCUUGGAGAAGUUUCGAAAGGAGCAAAUUGGGGCUGCCAAGGAAGCCAAAAAGAAGUAUGACAAGGAGACGGAGAAGUAUUGUGGCAUCUUAGAAAAACACUUGAAUUUAUCUUCCAAAAAGAAAGAAUCUCAGCUUCAGGAGGCAGACAGCCAAGUGGACCUGGUCCGACAGCAUUUCUAUGAAGUGUCCCUGGAGUAUGUCUUCAAGGUGCAGGAAGUCCAAGAGAGAAAGAUGUUUGAGUUCGUGGAGCCUCUACUGGCAUUCUUGCAAGGACUCUUCACUUUCUAUCAUCAUGGUUAUGAACUGGCGAAGGAUUUCAGCGACUUCAAGACACAGCUGACCAUUAGUAUUCAGAAUACAAGAAAUCGCUUUGAAGGCACUAGGUCAGAAGUGGAAUCACUGAUGAAAAAGAUGAAGGAGAAUCCUCUUGAGCAUAAGACCAUCAGUCCCUAUACCAUGGAAGGGUACCUCUACGUUCAGGAGAAACGUCACUUUGGGACUUCUUGGGUGAAGCACUACUGUACAUACCAACGGGAUUCCAAACAAAUCACCAUGGUACCAUUUGAUCAAAAGUCAGGAGGGAAGGGGGGAGAAGAUGAAUCAGUCACUCUCAAAUCCUGUACAAGGCGGAAAACAGACUCUAUUGAGAAAAGGUUUUGCUUUGAUGUAGAAGCAGUGGACAGGCCGGGGGUUAUCACCAUGCAGGCACUGUCGGAAGAGGACCGGAGACUCUGGAUGGAAGCCAUGGAUGGCCGGGAACCCGUCUACAACUCGAACAAAGACAGUCAGAGCGAAGGGACAGCGCAGUUGGACAGCAUUGGGUUCAGCAUAAUCAGGAAGUGCAUCCACGCUGUGGAAACCAGAGGGAUCAAUGAGCAAGGGCUGUACCGUAUUGUGGGGGUCAACUCCAGAGUGCAGAAGUUGCUGAGUAUCCUGAUGGACCCCAAAACAGCUUCUGAAACAGAAACAGAUAUCUGUGCCGAAUGGGAGAUAAAGACCAUCACGAGUGCUCUGAAGACCUACCUAAGAAUGCUUCCAGGACCACUCAUGAUGUACCAGUUUCAGAGAAGUUUCAUCAAAGCAGCAAAGCUGGAGAACCAAGAAUCUCGGGUCUCUGAAAUCCACAGCCUUGUUCAUCGGCUCCCAGAGAAAAAUCGGCAGAUGUUACAGCUGCUUAUGAACCACUUGGCCAAUGUUGCUAAUAACCACAAGCAGAAUUUGAUGACGGUGGCAAACCUUGGCGUGGUGUUUGGACCUACCUUGCUGCGGCCUCAGGAAGAAACUGUAGCAGCCAUCAUGGAUAUCAAAUUCCAGAACAUUGUUAUUGAGAUCCUCAUAGAAAAUCAUGAAAAGAUAUUUAACACCAUGCCAGAUGUGUCACUCACCAAUGCCCAGCUGCACCUGUCUCGAAAGAAGAGCAGUGACUCCAAGCCCCCAUCGUGCAGCGAGAGGCCCCUGACGCUCUUCCACGCUGUACAGUCCUCAGAGAAACAGGAACAAAGGAACAGCAUCAUCAACUCUAGUCUGGAAUCUGUGGUCUCAUCAAAUGCAAACAGCAUCCUUAAUUCCAGCACCAGCCUACAGCCAAACAUGAACUCCAGUGACCCAGAUCUGGAUGUGAUCAAACCCACCCGGCCCAACUCACUCCCCCCGAAUCCAAGCCCAACAUCACCCCUCUCGCCAUCUUGGCCCAUGUUCUCGGCGCCAUCCAGCCCUAUGCCCACCUCAUCCACGUCCAGCGACUCAUCCCCCGUCAGCACACCUUUCCGGAAGGCAAAAGCCUUGUACGCCUGCAAGGCUGAGCACGACUCCGAGCUUUCAUUCACAGCAGGCACGGUCUUCGAUAAUGUUCAUCCAUCUCAGGAGCCUGGCUGGUUGGAGGGGACUCUGAAUGGAAAGACUGGCCUCAUCCCUGAGAACUACGUGGAGUUCCUCUAACCAUGGGCCCCAGCGGAACUGCUGAGCUUUACAUGGUAUCCAUGACAACUGCUGAUUCCAGUGUUGUAGACCAUUUCUCUUUGGCACUGAGAAACGCAGAGUGACAGACUCUGUUGAUACCUGUCAACAUGGACAUUUCUGUGGACUCUGGUGUAACCUAUCCCCAUGAUCAUCUCAGAUGAUGCACAGCAAUACUGCAGGAAACAAGUAAAUUGUCAGAGGCAGCCAUUUGACUCUGAUAACACAGAAAAAAAGCUUGCAAAAGCAUUUUCUCAUGAGUGCCCUAAGUAGGGAGCACUCUUUUUUUUUUUCAACAGCCAUCCAAACCCCAACCUUCUGAAAGAGGAAGUAAGAUAAAAGUAGUCCCUAAGACCAUACAACAUAGCUAAGUCCAACAGAAGUGAGCAGAGAAGUUGACUGGGUCCAUGGCUUUUGUUUACCAUAGACACUGUCUCUACUUCACCUCUAAAUACUUGAGACCCACUGCUACAGGCAGCAGGGCCUGUUUGCAUGCAGGAUGGAAAGGGGUUAUGGCACUGUUUACAUAAGAUCCAAUCUCUCACCAUCUCUGAAGCAGCAUUUGGCUCAUCAGCAGCAGAACUCAGUCCAGCCUUCUUAUGCACAGGAACACACACACCCCACGAACCCCCUCCCAAGCAAAGAACUUCUCUGCCACGAAGAAGGCUGCCAUCACCUAGUAACUAUGGCAACUCAACCUACUCUAAAACCAAA